GAUGAAAUUGCAAAAGAGUGAAGAGUUGGAUAAGGGGAUAAGGUUUCUGGUCCACACAUCAUCUAAUGAAAUCCAAGAAUGAGAGAGAGCCACAAUUUCCAUGGAAGAUCUAUGUAAUCAAAUAAAGUGUUUUUAUGUUAGGGUCUCUGCAACUCCUCAUUGAGACUUGGACAGUUUUCUUAUUUUUUUUUUUUGGUUGUGUAAGUGAAAGUGUAAGUGAGAGGAGCAAAAGGCAUAAUCAUGGCCUCAGCAACUUCUUCACCAAUGCUCAAAUCCAACUUCACUUCUUCCCCACUCUCAAGAGCUCUCCUAUCCCCCAAAGGCCUUUCUUCUUCUCCUCUUAGGCUUUUCCCUACCAGAAGAUCCUUCUCUGUAAAAGCUGUUCAAUCCGAAAAGGCACCAUUCCAAGUGAUUCAACCCAUCAAUGGUGACCCUUUCAUUGGAAGCUUAGAGACUCCAGUAACAUCCAGCCCAUUGGUGGCAUGGUACCUAUCCAACCUCCCAGCAUACCGGACCGCAGUGAACCCACUUCUGAGGGGAAUUGAGGUGGGCUUGGCCCAUGGGUUUCUCCUGGUGGGCCCAUUUGUGAAAGCUGGGCCUUUGAGGAACACACCCUAUGCAGGUGGAGCUGGGUCAUUGGCUGCAGCUGGACUUGUUGUGAUCCUAAGCAUUUGCUUGACAAUGUAUGGAGUUGCUUCAUUCAAGGAAGGUGAGCCAUCCAUUGCUCCUUCUUUGACCCUAACUGGGAGGAAGAAGGAGCCUGAUCAGCUCCAAACAGCCGAGGGAUGGGCCAAGUUCACCGGUGGAUUCUUCUUCGGUGGAAUUUCGGGUGUUACUUGGGCUUUCUUCCUCCUCUAUGUCCUUGAUCUUCCCUACUACUUUAAAUAGAGACACUCUACUUCGUAUUUAUUUUCCUUUGAAAAAAAUGACCACUUUAUCAUGUAUUAAUGUUUUAAUGAAGGAAAUGGAAAAACAUUUGUAUAUUUGACUUUCUA